AGGCUACUAACAAAUGAUAAGUAAUGCAUGUUUCAUACUACACAAAUUAUACAGUGUAGUCCUAGGCUGCAACACAGUAUUUUUCUUUUUUGGAGUAGUUUUUUUUUAUAGAAUUUUUGAGCAAGUCUCAUCCUUGUCUUGAAAUGAUCUGGAUGCAGAAUGUUCUUGACAACAGUGAAGUUUACCCACAUGUAUCUCACCUUAUUUACCCAGUGUUUGUCUCAGUUUUCGUCACUGCCAUAAGGUCGUUAAUUGAAAGAUGCUUCUUUGAACCGCUGGGGAUAAGCAACGGCCUGAAAUCUUCCAAAUCUCCCAUAACAAAGAACGAUGCGUUAGAAGUAGCAUUCCUGAAUAGCGGACGGAAUGAACAUAAAAAUCGUUAUUGGAUUCAUAACCUGGCUAAACAAGUGAACUGGUCGGACGAUCAAGUAGAAAGAUGGAUGUGGUGUCGCUAUUAUGAAAAUCAGCCGACGGAGCUGAUGUAUUUUAAAGAAUGCGGUUGGCGCUUUACUUAUCACACUACUUUAUUCAUUAUCGGUGUGCUGGUGCUUUCGGAUAAAUCUUGGCUGUGGAAUAUAGAUGAAUGCUGGACGGAUUUUCCCAACCAGAGGAUCUCGGCGGAUGUUUGGUGGUACUACAUUAUUCACUUGAGCGUCUACAUGUCACACACUUGUAGCCAGCUUUUGAGCCGAAAGCGCAGUGAUUUUGUUGAAAUGUUUAUUCAUCACGUCGUUACAAUACUCCUAAUGACAUUAUCCUGGGUGAGCAAUACAGUCAGAAUCGGAACCUUAGUUCUAGUUGUUCAUGAUAGCGCCGACAUUUUCAUGGAAGCGGCACGUAUAGCAAAAUUUCUUAAAUAUCCACGGAUUUGCAAUUUAGGUUUUGGAUUAUUUUUCAUUAUUUGGAUCAUUUCUCGACUAGGGAUUUUCCCGUUUUACAUCCUAAAAAAUAUUUGGUUUGAUGCAGCUAUCGAUGUCUUAGGUUCUCCUGUCAUUGCUCUUCUAAUUUUAUUACUGUAUGUCUUGCUUGGACUUCACCUUUUUUGGACAUUUUUAAUUUUAAAAAUACUCUAUCAAUUCAUAAUUUCGGGAAAGAUAGCCGAUGAUUCUCGCAGUUUUUCAGCUGAUUUACCGAGUGAUGACGGGGAAUCCAAGAAAAAGACAAACUGACUCAGCUAAUUACAAGUUUUACAGCGGAUUCUAGUAAUGUAGGUUUGUACGGAAUACUUUAAAAUUCAAAGUAUUCAAUUGCCUAUAGAGUAGCAGGUGCAUGCAACUAAGUGCGCAGAAAUAUUUGCAACGUUGAAAUAAAUGAAAGCCUCCGUUGUAACAGGAACAGAUACAAAAAAAUACAUAGUGAGUGUAUUUUGAAAUGA